GCGAAACAUUUUAGAGCCCAUAGAGGACAGUGAGCCAGUGACAGAUGUGUUUUGAGAAUUACGAUUCAGAUUGCCAAAAAAAUAACUUGUUCAAAGUACAAAAAUUAUCACAAAAUCGGAAGUGAAAUACCGUGAAUUCUUAACAAUAAAAAAACAAAAGCCAUCAUCAUGCCAAUUAACAAUAGAGAACUAAUGAGGGCAAUUGCUCUUGUCUCGGACAAUGCAAAUGUCCGAGUGUCUGUAAAACAAUCUGGAAAAGGUGCAUUUGUUUGCGGAGCUAUGUGCAUGGCAGGAGGACUGCUAUUGGGACCUCCUGGCCUAGCAAUUGGUGGAACCCUCGGAGGAUUAACUGCAUUCAAGAUGUCAUCAGGCACUUUCAGACCUAUUGGUGAAAUACUCAUGAACGAUCUGACGGAGCAGCAACAAGAACAACUCGUUCAACAUGUCCAAGCUGCCGUAGCCGAUGUUGGUGUCUCAGAUUUGGCGCUCUUAAUACCUCUGCUGGCCAGAAACACCGACAUCCAGACCGCCGUUCUGAGAACAGUCACUUCCUUUGUGACGAACGAACUUCGUAUGCAAAUCAUUGACUGAUCCGAAGUCUUUUUAGGUGCGAUACUAAAUUUCCUCAAGUAAUUGGGAACAUACAUUUUUUUUGGAAACAUAAACAAGUGCAACUUAUAGUGUAAGGUUUUCUAUGUAUUUUAAUAAAUAUGUUUGUAUUUUUAGGCUUAGAUAAUUAUGAUAAUAACGACAAACA